AUUAUUUUGUGAGAUGUUUAAAACUUGUGAAAUUGCGUGAAAUGGAGCGAGUAGCAUAUUCGGGUAUGACGUCAAUGUGACGUCAUUCCGUUGACAUCUGACAUUUUAGCGCCUUGUUAAUAGUGCAUUUAAAAUGUUUUUUAAAGUCAUUACUUCGUACAAAAGGGCACAAAACAUACAGUGAUGCAUAAAACAUGCAUUAUAUUUCUUGAGAGUUUAUUGUAGCAUAUUUAAUCAAGAGAAAAAGUUUAAUAGUCUUGCAUUUAAUUGUGUUAAGGUCUAUAAUUAUAAUAUUUAAAGAAUGAUUAAGGCAGGUAAGAGUGUGGAAGUUAAGGAAGAAAUUGCCGAGGUGCAUACGGCUGCUCGGUCGCCAUCACCUAAAUGUAAAAGCUCUGAGAAACGUAGAAGUAGAUCAGCAUCACGCAAACUUUCCAACGGCCAUGUUUCAAACACUGAACCAGUAGAUACGCCAACUACAGUUGAAGAAAAGCCAGAGACAUCGGCAGAGAAAACUAAAACAAAAGACAACUGGAUAAAUUCAGAACAAGAGUCUCUGGAUGUUGAAAUUCCAAUUCAUGACCAAAUAAAAAUGGGUAUAUUAGGAUUUGUGGAGAAAGAAAUAAAGAAAUCUGAUAAGAAUCCAUCAUUUGUAUUUUAUUCACAUGACCCAAAUGGCUUGGAGGAGAAAUUCAUGAAGAAUUUGUCAAGACCUUCUAGUGGGCAUAAGGAAAAGCGAAGUCCAUCUUAUAGGAAAAAGAAGAGACAUUCAUCUCGACACAGAGACAGGGAGCUUCAUGACUUCGAUGUCCCUGGGUCUAGUCUUAGUGCUUUAGAAAAGGUUGAUGAUUACUUAAAAGAGUACAACAAAGAUGAAGUGGUGACCCUCAGUGGUGAGUUGGAAAUUGAACCCAAUGAUACAGAAAACAAUGGAACUUCCAGAGAAAUAAGACACAAGCCGAGAAAGACUCGGCGAAAAACAAGAGAGGAGCGCACAGAGAGUGAUGCUGUUAGUAAGGAAGUUAGCCCUAAAGUUUUUAAAACUGGCACUAAAAGUAAAAAUGGAACAAAACCAGUGAGGCCAACCGACUUAUCAACAAUGCUGGAGAGAUUAGAAUCAAAUGUUCCAUAUAAUGAUCAGUACAUUGACAAUCCAUUUUCAUCACCAUCACCUCUUACAUCACCAAAUGAUGAACGACUUGAUCCAUUCACUCGGAGAACAGAAAAGAUAUAUCUUCAAGGUGGUGGGACAUUUAGAGCUGUAUCCAGAGAUAGAAUACUAGAAGAACAGCAAACUAGAGAUGAUGAUAAAUAUUUAAGGUUAGGGAACUUAACACCAUUAGAUAUAGCUCUUAACGUGCAGAAGGCGUGGAGAAAUUGCACUCCGGCGUGCCACGGGGUGCUGGGAGGGCUGUCGCUGAUGCACCUGCUCCUCAUCAGCUGCUCUGACAGUCUGGAUGGUGGGCAUCUGUCAUUCCAUGCUGUGAUCACCAUGCCGUAUGUGGCUACAUACUACUUCUUCUGUAUUCUGUGUCUACUAUCAGUUUUAGAUAGACUGGAUGUAGGCAGCAUCGAGGUGUCCCGCGGUCUGCAGCCGUGGUUCCAGCCCAUCGUGCUGGUCAUCCUCUACACGGCCUGUCUGCUGGUCUGCUCCGCCGCCAGGAUGUACGACGAGCUGAUGGUCUACCAGUAUGCGCCCGUCUUCCUCAACACCACGGGGAAUGUAACAGUGCCAUCAGUACCCGCCUUCUAUGAAACAUGGACGCAGCUGUCGGUGUGGCGCGCCGUGCUGCAAUCAUUCCAUACGGAAUAA